AUGCUUACCCACUUUUUCCGCCUGGUGACCCAGAUCAACAAUGCUGAAACCACUCUCGAGGACGCAGCGGCCUUGCUCUCAAGCCUCAUGACUGACGAUGAGCACCUUGCUCUCCUCCAAGGCAACAAGUCUCUUACACAAUACCUUUCGGACAACAAAGCUUCACCGUAUCCAGCUUCGGUGAUAUCAAGGGUUGGUAUCCCUGGGUUUCAUAUCGUGGACGGCGCGAAACAAUCUUUCUUUACCGAGUUCCCCAGUCCGCUGGGUCGAGCGGCAUCCUUCAACUGUCAGCUCGAAGAGCUCAUUGGAGAAGCGAUCGGCACAGAAGUGCGAGCUCAUGGCGGAAACGUCUACAGCGGUAUAUGCCUCAAUGUCACACGCCGAUCAGAUUGGGGACGAGCACACGAAUCGUACGGAGAAGAUCCCUUCGUCAUCAGCCGCAUGGGCAGUGCAGCAGCAAAGGGCGUACGAAAACACGCCAUGGUAGCCAUCCGCCAUUUCGCAAUGAACUCAAUGGAGAUACUACGAGAAGACGGCAGAAUAACAUGCGACGAAAAGACCAUGAACGAACUUUUCUUGCAGCAUUUCAAGGAUGUGCUCUAUGAAAGUCGAGCGGAACUUGUUGUGUCUGCAGGAAAUCGCGUCAAUGGUGUGGCGUGUACUGAAAACCCAUCCUUGUUGAAUGGCAUUCUGAGACACCGCUGGCAUCUGAACGACCUGAUCGUGGCUAGCGAUUGCACAUGGCCAGUAAAAAAUGGACCGGCGUCGAUCAAAGCAGGACUGGAUAUCGAAAUGCCGUUCAAAACAGAUGGACGAACUGCAGCAAUCGAGUCUGCUCUCGAGCACAACACAUUGGACUGGUCGAACAUAGAAGUUAUGAUUGAUCGGAUAUUGAAAGCUCAAUUACGCUAUCAUUGCCACACAAUCCAGAUGCCGACGCCGGACCCAGAGAAGAUAAGAUGCCAGCGUCACAUUGGCUUGGCUAGACGAUCUGUUGCCGAGUCCAUGGUGCUUCUCAAGAACGACAACGACUUCCUGCCAUUCGGAAAAACUUCACAGAUCAGAUUAACUGUCUUGGGCCAGCUGGCGGAUAGAGUCAGCUCUGCAUAUCAGUUUGACGCAACAUCUCAUGCUGCAGGUCCUCCGGGAACCAGUCCGUUGGAAGAACUUCGGAAGCGACAUAAUGUUGUUGUCGAUUACAUGGACGGGAACGAGACCGGUCCAGCGACAAAGUCUGCCAUGACUUCUGACGCCGUCCUGAUUUUCAUACGACCUUCCAGCAAAUCUGACUGUGAACAUAAGCGAAUUCGCUUCCUUGACCGCUUCAGGUCUGGCAAGCAAAAUUGCAAUAGUCCGAUAACACGUUUCCGAGACCGCAGCCAUCUCACUCUUCAUGCUCCAGAUCUCGAAUUAGCCAAAGCAGUCUUGUCAGUCGCCUCCAACAAAACGGUGGUGGUGAUUGAGGCAGGCACCAGUGUCACAAUACCCACUUUCAUUCGGCAGAAAGCGACCGCCAUCCUCUUCUCCAGUUAUGGAUGUCGACAAUAUGGCAAGGGCUUACGAGACGUUCUGUUUGGCGAGCAAGAGCCUUCCGGCAGAUUACCAUUCGUUCUGCCCGACACUGAGAACCAACUAUUGGAGAAGGAAAGAAACGCAUCAUCACACGAGAUCAGAUAUGACGAUAAAUGGGGCUAUAGGAAACUACGACAUGAACAGCAGAAACCUGCCUAUCCAUUUGGAUUUGGGCUCGGCUAUUCCACUUUUACGCUCAACUCACUCUGGUGCUCACAUCCAAUUGUCAAGUCUACUUUUGACAUGACAGUCAAUACAACGAAUACUGGCAGCCGUGCUUCGGCGGUCGUAAUCCAAAUCUAUGCUUCGAAACGAGCACGAAGGGAUAGCGCCACACCGACUGUCGUUCCCAGAAGCCUUAUUGGAUUCGUAAAAGAAGUCGUUCAUCCUGGAGAAAGCAGCGAGAUUGGCAUCACUUGUCGAUUGAGUCCUUUGGCCGAGUUCAAUUCGAGUACCAGUAAGAUGGUUGUUGCCGAGGGUGGGUAUGAUCUUUUGGUGUGUCAGUAUGAAGGCGAUUCAAAGGCGUUGUCGUCUUCGUUUCAAAUCUUGAAUGAAGUAUAUUGUUGA